CUGGUGGCAGCUCCAGUCUCUUGCUUCAAACAUGCACCAAUGGGCAACUGCUGGGGGGACAUAGCUGAAGGUGUACGAGUCGAAGUCCUCAACACAGAUCAGAAUUUGACUUCAAAAGUGUUUUGGAUUGCUGUAAUUGUGAAACUGGCAGGAUACAACGCCUUACUGCGAUAUGAAGGCUUUGAGAAUGAUACCAGUCUGGAUUUCUGGUGUAAUAUUUGUAAUAAUGACGUUCACCCAGUUGGUUGGUGUGCAAGCAGCGGAAAGCCACUAGUACCACCCCAAACCAUUCAACACAAAUAUUCAAAUUGGAAAGCUUUCUUAGUCAAGCGACUAACUGGUGCCAAGACACUACCUGCAGAUUUUGCUCAAAAGGUGUCUGAUAGUAUGCAGUAUCCCUUCAAGCCUUCAAUGAGAGUGGAAGUAGUCGACAAAACACAUCUAUGCCGGACGCGGGUGGCAGUCGUAGACAGUGUAAUCGGUGGUCGGUUACGACUGGUGUACGAAGAGAGCGAGGACAAGACGGACGAUUUCUGGUGUCACAUGUACAGCCCCCUCAUUCAUCCUAUUGGAUGGUCUCGAAGCAUAGGCCAUCGGUUUAAGAGAUCAGACAUCUUAAAGAAAAAUGAAUCUCACUUUAAUGCGCCUUCACACUUAUUUUCAAAGGUCAAAGAUGUUGACCAAAACGCUGAGUGGUUCAAGGAAGGGAUGAAACUGGAAGCUAUCGAUCCACUAAACCUCUCUGCAAUAUGCGUAGCCACCAUUAGAAAGGUGUUAGCCGAGGACUACCUGAUGAUUGGAAUUGACGGGUCAGAAGCAGCAGAUGGUUCAGACUGGUUUUGUUAUCAUGCUUUAUCACCCUCGAUAUUCCCUGUUGGCUUCUGUGAAAUUAACAAGAUUGAACUAACUCCGCCACGAGGAUAUACAAAACUACCUUUCAAAUGGUUUGACUACCUCAGGGAAACUGGAUCCAUAGCUGCUCCUGUGAAGCUUUUCAACAAGGAAGUCCCCAAUCAUGGCUUCCGUGCCGGGAUGAAGCUUGAAGCUGUGGACCUCAUGGAGCCUCGCCUGGUGUGUGUAGCUACAGUAACACGCAUCAUACACCGGCUUCUAAGGAUUCAUUUUGAUGGCUGGGAAGACGAGUACGAUCAGUGGGUUGACUGUGAAUCUGCAGACCUCUAUCCUGUUGGAUGGUGUCAGUUAACGGGAUACCAACUACAACCUCCAGCUCCACAAUCAGCAAAGGACAACCAGACCAAUGUAACCAAACAGAAGAAAAAGUCUAAAUCACAACAGUACAAAGGACACAAGAAAAGUGAGUACUGCUUUUUCAUUACCAUAUCAAGUAUGAACUCUGUAACUUGGGAUAUUUUGGAAAUUUGA